AUGUCCACGAACUGUCGCCGCCGUCUCAUAAGAGACUUCAAACGAUUGUCCACGGAUCCGCCUGGUGGGAUCUCGGGGAGCCCAUGUCCCGACAACAUAAUGCUAUGGAACGCUGUCAUUUUUGGACCAGCCGAAACGCCAUUCGAAGACGGCACGUUCAAGCUUCUCCUCACUUUUGAUGAAACAUACCCCAAUAAGCCCCCCACCGUCAAAUUUUUGUCUCGCAUGUUCCACCCCAACGUCUACGCCAACGGAGAGCUAUGUCUCGACAUUCUCCAAAACCGCUGGUCGCCUACGUACGACGUCGCCGCCAUCCUCACAUCCAUCCAAAGUCUGCUGCACGAUCCCAAUCCGAACAGUCCGGCAAACGCGGAAGCUGCGCAGCUGUACAGGGAAAACAUGAAGGAGUACGUUCGUCGUGUGAAGGCAACAGUAGAAGAGAGCUGGUUGGAUCCAGAGGAGAAGAUUCAGACAGACGAGGGCUCGCAGUAA